AUGUCCAACAACAUCUACGAAGACCCAGAGUACAAAUACAGCAAAGGAGCCAGGGGGGGGGACGGAGGAGAGAGAGUGGAGCGAGUGAUCGAUAUCUACGAGAGCGCGGACACUCCCACCACCCGGCACGGCCCGCCGCCGCGUCGAGGAACAAAACCUCCAAACCACCAUCUUCCAGCUGAGCAGAGAAACCCUUUCAGUGCGCUGGUUCUGGGUUUCCUCUGUCUACUGCUGGUGGGGGGGGUCGUUGUCCUGGCCAGUCUCUGUGAGGACCUCCAGCUGCAGACCAGUAAUAACCAGCUGCAGACCAGUUAUAACCAGCUGCAGACCAGUUAUAACAACCUGAACAACAGUUUCUGCCAAGAGGCAAAGAACCAGACUCACGAAUGGAGCAGAUUUCGGUGCAGUUGCUACUACAAAUCUACUGAAAGGAAAAACUGGACGGAGAGCAGGAGAGACUGUGAGAGCAGAGGAGCCGACCUGGUGGUAAUAACCAGCGGAGAAGAAAAUCAUUUCAUCAGUGAGCUGAAUAAAGCUGAAGGUUCCUGGAUCGGUCUGCAGUCAGUGCCAAAAAUAGAUUGGUCAGCGGAAUGGAAAUGGGUGGACGAAUCAACACUAUCAUACACGAAGUGGCAGAGAGACGUGACUAUAAACCCCGGGGACGUGAAGGGGGCCACAGCGUACAUGGAUCAGGAUGGAAAAUGGAAACAUUUCAAUAGUGGAUCUAAAAGAUGGAUUUGUGAGAAACACAUUUAUUAGGUCUGAUAUGCAACUGUUAUGUAAUGGGU